AUGCUUAAUAACACCUCCAUGGAGCUGAUCCAGGCCACCCAGGUUCCCUUUCUGACUCAGGAGGAUUCUGCAGCUACUCUGAAUGACACCUCCAUCCUGCCUUUUCCCCUUUCCGUGCUCCUUUCUACUCCCUCUGAACCGUUCCUCAGCAUCAGCCAAACUGAGAAUUCAUUUCUGUAUAACAUCAGCUGUUAUAACUGCACUACACCUACCACUGGAUCCCUCCCUGGUUUGGCAGGAAUCUUCAUCCCUCUCAUUUACGGGAUAGUCUGCAUUGUCGGUUUGGUUGGAAACACCCUAGUUAUCCACGUCAUCGUCAAUUACACUAAGAACGAGUCGGUCACAAACAUCUACAUCCUCAAUCUGGCCAUCGCAGACGAGCUUUUUAUGCUGGGUCUGCCCUUCUUGGCGGCGCAGAAUGCCCUGCUCUCGUGGCCUUUUGGCUCACUGAUGUGCCGCGUGGUCAUGACGGUGGACGCCUUCAACCAGUUCACCAGCAUCUUCUGCCUGACCGUGAUGUCCGUGGAUCGGUACCUGGCGGUGGUCCACCCCAUCCGGUCCUCCUGGUGGCGCAGACCCCGCGUGGCGAAGGCCGUCAGCGCCACGGUCUGGGUGGGUUCCUUCCUGGUGGUGCUGCCAGUGGUGGUGUUCGCUGAUGUUCUGAAGGAUGACGGGAACUGCAGCAUCGUGUGGCCCGAACCAGCAGAAGUGUGGAAGACCUCUUUUAUCGUGUACACGUGCACCGUCGGCUUCUUCUGCCCCCUGCUUGUCAUCUCCUUGUGCUACCUGCUAAUCAUCAUCAAGGUGAAGAACGUUGGGAAACGGACACAGACCACAUCCUCUCGGCGCAGAAAAUCCGAGCGAAAGAUAACCAGGAUGGUGGUCGUUGUGGUAGCCGUGUUCGUCUUCUGCUGGCUACCGUUCUAUGCCCUCAACAUCCUGAACCUCCUCGUGGUCCUGCCCGGAGACUUCAGGGGACUCUACUAUUUUGUCGUCGUGCUUUCUUAUGCAAACAGCUGUGCCAAUCCAAUACUGUACGGAUUUCUCUCUGACAACUUCAAGAGAGGCUUCAGGAAGGCCUUGUGCCGCACCUCACGCAGGGUCAAGAGCAACGACAGGGCCGGCACCGAGGUACAGCGACCAACGGAGGAGUGGGGCGGCAUCCUGCUCCAGCCACAGAAAAGUGAGGGAAUCACCAACAUGCACGUGAAAAAUUGUGGGGAAAAUGAUAUAGAGGAGGAAAUCGUCGGAGCGGAAGGGCCCAUACAAAUGAGAGAGUUGAACGCAGAAUGCAGAGCAUCCCAAAAAAAGAUCUACUGUGAAGCAAAACAAAGUUUGAGAACACAGGUUUUACAAAAGGGGAGUCCUGAGGUGGGCUCGGGCUUUGAAACUGCAGACUCAUUGUCCUCUAAGGCUGAAGAAGUUGUGAACAGCAACACAAAGCCUGAAGAAUUUCUUGACAAAAACUCUGUGCUUGAUAUUAGCUAUCUGUAA